AUGGCCAAGAUGAAGACAAGCACGUCCGCAGGAAGCAAGCAGAGAUCGGCAAAAGACGCUUCCUUUGCGCCUGUGUCAAACGCAGAAACUACAAACAACUCCAAAUGUAGCUCGAGUUUUCCAAGUGCGACGAAAGGAAUAGUUUAUGUCUUCAAUGAAGCGAAGGCUGGCGGCGAAUCAGUAAAAGAAACUGGCACAGCCCCGUCGUACACGACGACAAACCGCAAGACCGCGCAACACGUGCUCGUGCAGUCAAAGCUGCGAAGUUGCAACACCGUAAGGUCUAUCGUCGUGCCGUAA